AAGGUGCGGUACGUGCACGCCCUGAUCGCCAAGACCAACGAGAGGAAGCGAGAGGACGAGAGGCUGUUCGAGAAAAGACUCGUAACGGAGCUGAAACAGGAGCUCGAGGAGAAUGGAGAUUCGGAGAAAUUCGUUACCUCUGCAUACAAAGCACAACUCAUGGCCAACAAGAAGUGGGAGGAUGAAAGGAACGCAAAAGACAACUUCGUCGCAAAGGACGAUGUCCGGAAGAAGGCGGACUUGUCUGGUCAGUUUGCUAGUGACGGCGCGAUGCCUUUGCUGAAGCCCAGGUUCAGACUUUUACAGCAACAUGCUCCGAGGCAGGAACGUGGCUACUGGAGCCAAUGCGCGCGGGGCGUCCCCUCCCAAGGAUGUUGGUAA